GGUGUGUAUUGCAUCGUAUGGUGAAGUUUCGAAUAUUCCGUGAUAGAUACAAUACGGUGACCGGAAAAUAAUCAUCACACCAUGUGCCAAAAUAGGUUUGAUUUUCAUAAGGCCUUGUCGUCAGAAUUCAAUAAUCAACCCUUCCUUCUCAUUAUGCCUCCAGCUCCAGAUCCCGAAGAACUUCUAGAACAACACGAUGACACCCCAGAAACCGGUUCCACAUCUCGAAAACCUGGCCGUCCUCCUGGCGUGAGCUUGGAACCAUAUAAAGAUCUUAUAGUCAAACUUUUCGCGGACGAGAAUACUCCCAUCAUUGACAUUACAAGAAGGCUCAAUCGAGAAUUAGGCUUAGAUGUCUCUGAACGUAAAGUCUCUCGAAGUUUGGCAGCAUGGAAUAUUCGCAAAAGAAAUCGUGGGCCCAUCCCUCAAGCUCUCCAAGAUCGUUUGACCCAUCAUUAUAAUUCAAAUCUCAAUGACGACCAAAUUACUCAAGCUUUGAUUUCCGAAGGGUUCGAAAUAAAAAGAUCGAAUUUGGGGCGCUUACGACAGAAGCUCGGUAUGCGACGAAGGUCUCGUUAUUCUGAAUUUCGCGAACACUCAGAAGGCCCCGCAGUUGUCAACACUCCAUCGUCUCAACACCCUUCCACAAUUACACCGAAACCAAACAAUACCAAACCAAAGAUGGCACAAAAUGUUGGUCUCAUUGCGCAAGUCACGGCUUUUGUCGAAAAAUAUAUGAGCGCAUAUGACGGAUCUCACGACUUCAACCACAUUCGACGCGUUGUUGGGCUGGCGCAUAGGAUCUACAAGGAGCUUAAGGCAGAGAGGACAGGAGGCCCAGAAUUAGAUUUACAAGUUGUCACGUUGGCGGCGCUGUUGCAUGAUGUAGGCGACAAGAAGUAUCUCUUACCUGGACAGGAUUCAAAUACUUUGGUGCUCUCAACACUAUUGAGUUUUGGGGCCGAAGAAACACUGGCCGUAAAAGUACAGAGAAUCGUCCUAGGCGUUUCGUAUUCGAGUGAGAUAAAGGAUUUGGCAUCAGUGAGGGGCAUGAUCGAGAAGUACCCAGAGCUGGCUGUAGUCCAAGACGCUGACCGGCUCGAUGCUAUUGGCGCGAUCGGAAUUGGAAGAACAUUCACAUUCGGCGGAGCAAAGGGUGCAAGGAACAUGGGAGAGACCAUUCAGCAUUUCGAAGACAAACUGGAGAAACUAGGAGGAAUGAUGAAGACAGCUCCAGGCAAACGAAUGGCGGAAGAGAGAACCAAAAGAUUGGCAACGUUCAAGGAAUGGUGGGAAGAAGAACAACAAGAAGCUGAAGGUUUACUGCGACCUCAAUCCUAGCCUUGAUUUUACAGACCUUGAUGGGUAGUUGGAAAACAGCUCUUCGACGCAAGAAAAAAUGAUUGGAUCUAUAGUACACUGAGCUUGGUUUCAUUUGCUUUAUUAGUGUUGGCCUCAUUUGCUUCCCAUCAAGGUGCCUUUAUGCGAUGUCCGUAUUCAAAAGGUAAUGGCAGCUUGCAAUUUCCACCCAGAUUCUUCCAACCUCCUGUUCUACUCAUACCAUUGAAGAUGGACAGCAUGGCGCCGGAACUGCUCAGGCAAAUACUCAGCUAUCUUCCUACAUCUUCGCUUCGCUCGUGUCGCUUUGUCGACCGUACUUUCUCCAUCAUUGCCUUCUCCCUUCUAUUUUCACAUAUACCGCAUUGGCUGGAUGGCAACAAGUCACUCCAGCUUCUCGUAUCAUUUGCCCACGACGCAUUCAAUAGACCUGCAGUCAUCUGGUCCCCAUGGGCAACGAUUCCUGAUGUGCGUGUCGACGCAAUGUGGUUACAAAUUGUCUGGAAGCUAUUUAAGGGAUCCGAUUUUCAUGACGGAGGAAGAGGAGAGGAGUUGACGGCAGAAAACUUUGCCAGGCUCAGUGGAGUAGUCGAUAUGAGUGAGGCGAGAUUAAGGACCGCUCAAAGUAGAUACUUGCUUUUCAAAUCUUACACGAAAAAGUCUGUACUUUAACAUUGAUGGAGGAGCAUGACCUGUUCCUUGACGUCCCCAUUUAUUGUCGUGCUCAGGGUCGAGAUGCAUUUUCGGAGAAUUGGCGUGGGAACAGGCUCGUCCAGACCAAGAGAGUGUUACCGGGAACGAUGGAGCUCUGGGCGAAGAAGUAUUUCGGUUUGUGGCCGUGUGGAUUCUUCGGACCUUCCUUCCAUUAUUGGAGUCAAAUAAGUCACGCAUGAGAUAGUUCGUAUACAAAUCCUUUCAGUAUCCACAUUACUGAGAUUGGAAUCUACUCCGAAGAUGAUCCCUGACAAGAAGCAAUUCCCUCAGUGCGCAUGUUGUCAAAAUAAAGUAACGUCUUUUCUCUCUCCUCUACGCCGUACAUCGCUGUGAAGACAGACACGAAGCUUUAGUGGAGGUCUUGGUGGAUAUCGUUUCCCUUACCCCGCAGUCAAACGUCAAUAAGACGAUUUGUACAUGUCUCACUUGUCACUUAGAGUUUUCUUCCAUCGGGAUUCUCAAACGUCGAUACUUCCACCUGCUCAACUGCACCUCGGAAUCUUUUCGUGAUUCACAGGAUUUGUUUUUCGACUUCA